AUGGGAUACCUGCGGUCCAUCAACCCGACGAAGCAUCCACUUUUCUGGCCGCGCCUCCGGUUGAAGCUCUUUCGCAUCCGGAUCAUGAUGCGGAUGGUGUACCAGCGAAGCCAGCUGCAGUUCCAGAACACGCUGGAUUCGGCAGCUUUCCGCGACCGCACCCUCCAGAUCCGGCCCUGGAGUUGCCUCCGCCGGUUCCGCCGGUUCCGCCGCUUCCGGAGACUGCAGCGGACAGCCAACCAGCGGUGCCUCUGGGGGAGCCUCUGGCAGCGCCUCAGGUGA